AGCAUUUGAACGCAGCACACGACUCCAUCGCCGGUAGUACAUCCGGGACCUUCAGCAGUUUCACAUGUCAGUGUGUUCAGCUGUUUAGACUUCCCUACAUGUGAAGAAGGUCCGACAGCUUCUCUGGUUCUAUACACGGCUUUCGAGAGAAGACAUGGCUCUGAUGGGGAUUCAGCUGGUGGUCAGCUUGCUGGCUGCCAGCAUAAUGCAGAGGAUGGCUCCACAUUGCUCAUUUGCUCGCUGGCUCCUCUGUAAUGGCAGUUUGUUCCGGUUUAAACACCCAUCAGAAGGAGAGCUGUGUGCCCUGGCUGGGAAACAGAUGCCCAAACAGACCAGGAGAGACAGGAGACAAAAUGGGGAGAACAAGCCUCUUACUGUUCCCAAAGACAUCGACCUUCACCUGGAGAGAGCUCCUGUCAACGCCAUUGAUGCACUUGUGCUGCGUUUCUUCCUGGAGUACCAGUGGAUGAUAGAUUUUGCAGUGUAUGCAGCAGGUGUGUUCACGUUCACCGAGUGUUACUACAGCGUUGUAGACGCCAGAAAAGAGGUCAAUAUUGGAGCCAUCUGGUGUGUGCUGACUGUGCUGUUUAGUCUAAAAGCCCUUCACACCCUGAUGAGCCACUACUUCCGCUCUGAAGAGGGCGGUGAGCGUUCUGUGUGCCUCGCCUUUGGUUUUCUGUCUCUGCUCGUGGCCAUGCUGGUGCUGGUGGUCAGAGAGGAGUAUCUGGAGUUCGGCCUGGAGUCUGGCUUUUCUAGCCUCUUUGACAACUUGGAAGUCUUUGCCAGACAGCAGGGCUACGCUGAAUGGUCAAUCCCAGUGACGAAGCUCACAGUGAAGCUCGGUCUGGCUGCUAUUUGCGCUUACAUCGGAGCUCUCCUCGCCUUCCCCGGCCUGCGGAUGGCUCAAACUCAUCUUGAUGCUGUGCAGAUGAAUUCAGGCAGACCACUCAUCCAAAUUCUGCUGCACAUGAGUUUCCUGUCUCCAGUCAUUGUGUUGAUUCUCUGGGUGAAACCUAUCGCAAGAGACUUCCUGGCCAAUGCACCGAUGGGGAAGACCUCUGUCACAUUAGUUUCCAGUGCAACCUUCGACAGCAUGCGUCUGUGGAUCAUCGUGGCCCUGUGUGUGCUGCGACUAGGACUGACUCGUUACCACCUGCAGGCGUACCUGAACCUGGCUCAGAAGUGGGUCGAGCAGAUGAAGAAGGAGGCGGGUCGUAUUGCUGCAAUCGACAUCCAGAGGAAGGUGACACGUAUCUUUUGCUACCUGACUGUAGUUACUCUCCAGUAUCUGCUUCCUGUUCUUCUGAUCCUCUUCUCCACACUGGCCCUCAAGGCACUGGGGGACUUCUCCUGGGGUCCUGGUUCAGAGGACACUCCCGGAGUAACACCUGCUCUGGUGAUGCCCACACCCGCCCCUGUGCUGCCCGGUAGUCUGGAUGAAGACGAGGAAGGCAUAGAGGACAUGGAGGAGGACAUCCAGGCCACAGUAGCACGCCUGUCAGAGAGCUUCACAGCACUGCGGUCCGUCCUCACCCCGCUUUUCUUCAGAGGUUUCUUCGCCUUCCUCACAUGGUGGGUGGCUGCCUGCCAGGUCAUCAGCUCUCUGUUCGGCAUCUACUUCCACCAGUACCUUAUGCAGAACUAACUGAAGGAACACAGUGCCACAGUCUAUCUGCAGUGCAGCUCCAGCCUCAGCUGUUGUUACGCUGAUGCAGAGGAGCGCUGCAGGCGUUAAACCUCAGAACUACAGACAGAAUGCACCUUUGGUUUUGCUGCAACAGAAGUUCGGAGCAGGGUUGAGUGGGAAUUAGAUAGGCAGCUGACUCUGUUGAUUUUAUAACGGCUUCUUUCUUGCUCCUUUUGAAUUUUACUGACCAGCAGGCUACUGGUUUCUAUAACACAGAUGUACAGAGUGAGCUGGGGUCUGUAUCACAACGCAAGUUGGACUAAGGCUGGCUCUCUUUGGGUUUCCUGCCUUCUUUGAGUCCUUGAUAACGGUUACAAAGCUGGCUAUCAUUUGGUUUAGUUAACUCCUUGUUUACUGAGCCAUCUACUGAUGCAUUUACAUGGUAGGAGCAGAUUUUAAGUUAUAUACCAGAGGAAAAUUAAUUUAUUGCAGUAGUAUAAGGUUAUUAAGUGAGUUCAAAUAUUUUUGCUAUAAUGAUGCACCUGGAAAAGAACGAGAUACUUUUAUAAUCAAGACAAAACUAAUAAUUAAAAUAUGAAUAUGCUUCUAUUUUGGGCUAUAAGUAAGUAGGAAUCAAUCCUUUCAAAUAUGUUUGUAUAUAAUAUUAUUUAAAAGGGUCUUUAUUUGCUGAAAAUGUUGAAGAUAUAUAUACUUUCAAUAAGAAAUGACAGACAAGAAAAAGGAACAAAAGAGUUGUCAGGUGUGACCAGGAUUUAAUCUGACCCUGGUGGUGCACCAUAAUCAACCACGGUCAUCAACCUCAGUCAGAAGUGCUCCAGCUUCUUUCUACAGGUAAAUAAGGGAAGACCAAAGACAGCCAGCUUAACCUCCCAUCAUGCUUUGUGAUACAGUGUCAUAGUUGUCUUCCAGCUGUUUCUGCACCUUUUGAGAUGUAUCAAUGAUGUAUCAAUGCCAGUGUUACCUGAACUGUUCUGAACAGAACAUUGUUAAAUGCUGCAUAUAUGUAAGAUGUUUAACCGGUACUGGGGGAAGUAUACGUACUUCAUCCCUGUCAGGAUAAGUUGUUUUAUUAUUGUGAGGGACUCCUCGUCCCUCUAAGGAACCGAUUCAAGAGUGCUAAAUGGUUUUGUCGUCUUAUUCCUGCUGUAAAAUUUUGAUUGUGUUUAAGUUGUGAAGCUGAGACCGUCCUAUUAAGUCAAACACAGCUGAACAUGGAUCAGAGCUGUGGUUGUGUAUUAUCUUAGAGCUGAAGAGUUUUGCUUCUAUUUUUUUCCCUGCAGAAAUCCCUAAGUGCCUGAAACUUUGAAAUCCCCCUUCUCCCUGAUAAUACAUAUUUAGACUGAGUGAAGUUUUUUGAUAGAUCAAAUUGAGACCCCAAACCCAUUUCUAUUGUUAUUUUUUUAUUCUCAAACACUACUCACUGGUGUCAUUUUUAGUUGUAGUGUCUUAAAAAAAAACUACCCUUUUUUCUAGUAAUCAGUGUAAGAUUAAUCCAAGUGUGCAUCAGUGGUUUUAUUUAUUUAUUUAUGUCACAUUGGCUUUGAGACGUUGUUAUUUAGAAACGAAUCUGAUUCUGCAUUUCUCUACAUUCUUGUGUUCAGUUUGAUUUUGAGUGGGGUGUUUUUUUGUAGUAUAUUUGAAUUGAAUCCUCUGAAGUCAUUAUACUGUGAAGAUAAUGUCACAAUGUUGCUUUUUGAGAUUUUCUGAGUGCAUGUUGUUCUUACUUUAGGCAACAGACUGAACUUUAUUUUAUGUUGUAGUGUGUGUGUGUGUGACUCAUUAAACAUAAUUUUCAGUCUCA